GGUGAGGCAGAAAAUAAGUUCUUGGAGGAGUAUACUGUAUACUCCAAUAAAAUGAGACAGGCCAUUUUCCUGCAUUUUUUCUUUGGAAUAAUGGCUUCGUUGAGUCUGUUUUGGGUGAAUGCUGAUGACCCAUACAGAUUUUAUACAUGGGAAAUCACAAAAGGAACAAUUGCUCCUCUUGGUGUUCCACAAACAGGCAUCCUUAUCAAUGGGCUGUUUCCUGGCCCCAACAUUGAUUGCGUAACUAACGACAACAUAAUUAUUAAUGUCAUUAAUAAGCUGGAUGACUCUUUCCUCAUUACAUGGAAUGGGAUCCAACAGAGAAAGAACUCAUGGCAAGAUGGAGUGCUCGGAACAAAUUGCCCAAUACCUCCAAACUCAAACUGGACAUACAAGAUGCAAACAAAAGAUCAGAUUGGGACUUUCACAUACUUCCCUUCGACGUUGAUGCAUAGAACUGCAGGUGGUUUUGGGGGAUUCAAUGUUGUCGAAAGGCCCCUAAUACCGGUGCCAUAUGACAAUCCUGCUGCGGGAUUCACUGUGCUUGUCGGCGAUUGGUGGAAGUCUGAUUCCAAGGCAUUAAAAGAUAGACUGGACUCAGGAAUUCCUUUUCCAUUCCCCGAUGGUAUUCUUAUAAAUGGGCAUCCUAAUUCUACUUUCUUCACUGGUGAAAAAGGACAAUCAUACCUGUUCAGGGUGUCAAAUGUUGGCUUAACAACUUCAAUCAACAUUAGGAUCCAGGGCCAUCCCCUGCUACUGGUAGAAGUUGAAGGAUGUCAUACUAUGCAGGAAGUGUAUGAAUCAUUUGAUAUUCAUGUUGGCCAAUCUGUGGCUUUUUUGAUCACCUUAAAUGCACAACCGAAUGGUUAUUUCAUUGUUGCUUCAACUCGUUUUACGAAUCCAAUUCUCAAUGCCACUGCAAUUCUUCGUUAUGCUGGUUCUGUUAGUGAAGCCUCUGGACCAUUACCCAUCGGUCCCACUUUUCAGAUUGACUGGUCUAUGAAGCAAGCAAUAACAAUCCGAUCGAAUUUGACAGCAAGUGCAGCUCGGCCCAAUCCUCAAGGAUCAUAUCACUAUGGGACGAUACAGGUCAACAGGACACUUGUGCUAGCCAACUCACUAACUCGAAUAAAUGGCAAGCUACGUUAUGGUGUUAAUAAAGUCUCUUACAUUGAACCAGACACUCCACUGAAGCUUGCUGACUGGUUUAACAUCCCCGGUGUCUUCAAUUUGACUACAAUAAAGGACAAGCCUCGUCCAGUCCCUGUAACUCUUGGCACCUCUGUCAUAGGCAUCAAUCUUCAUUACUUUGUGGAAAUUGUCUUCCAAAACAAUAAGAACACUAUCCAGUCAUGGCAUCUUGAUGGUUAUGCUUUCUGGACUGUUGGAUUUGGUUUUGGCAAGUGGAAUAUUAGUAUGAGGGAACAGUACAAUCUCGUUGAUGCUCCCACCAGAUAUACGGUUCAGGUAUAUCCUGAAUCUUGGAGUGCAAUAUUGGUCUCAGCAGACAACAAGGGAAUGUGGAACUUGAGAUCUGCUAUCUGGCCAAGCAGGUAUCUAGGACAGCAACUGUAUUUGAGAGUCUGGGAUCCAGUGACGAGCCUGUUUAACGAGUAUGACCCCCCUCCAAACCUGUUGCUUUGUGGCAAGGCUGCAAACUUAUAGAAGAAAUGGUUGCCAAUAUGACUUUGUAAUCUUUUAGUUUGAUGUUUCCCUUUCUGGUUCAGUUACGAGAGGGUGACUGUUGGAAACAGAAAGAGGAAAGAGAAGGAAAAUGGGGGACGAAAUUUAGUGUU